CCUGGCGCCCAGCGCCUGCUGAGAGCGGGAGGGGCCGCGGGUGGGAGCGCGGGGAGCCGGAGAGCGAGGCUGUGCGCGCGCGCGGGGAGGGGCCGCGCCGUCACCCGGAGAGCCCGGCGGAUCCUGGACUCCCUCCCGCCCCUCCGCCCGCCGCGCACCUCUGCGCACCACUCGCCCGGCUCCAGCCGCCGCCGCACGGAGCGGCGGCAUGGAGGCUCUCACCACUCAGCUGGGGCCGGGGCGCGAGGGCAGCUCCUCUCCAAACUCCAAGCAGGAGCUGCAACCUUACUCGGGCUCCAGCGCCCUCAAACCCAACCAGGUGGGAGAGACGUCGCUGUAUGGGGUGCCUAUCGUGUCUCUUGUCAUCGACGGCCAGGAGCGCCUGUGUCUGGCGCAAAUCUCCAACACCCUUCUCAAGAACUACAGCUACAAUGAGAUCCACAACAGGCGCGUGGCUCUGGGCAUCACGUGCGUGCAGUGUACGCCGGUGCAGCUGGAGAUUCUACGUCGGGCCGGGGCCAUGCCCAUCUCGUCGCGCCGCUGCGGCAUGAUCACCAAGCGCGAGGCCGAACGCCUGUGCAAGUCAUUCCUGGGCGAGCACAAACCACCCAAACUGCCUGAGAACUUCGCCUUUGAUGUGGUGCAUGAGUGCGCAUGGGGCUCGCGUGGCAGCUUCAUCCCUGCGCGUUACAACAGUUCGCGUGCCAAGUGCAUCAAGUGCGGCUACUGCAGCAUGUACUUUUCGCCUAACAAGUUCAUCUUCCACUCGCACCGCACACCCGAUGCCAAGUAUACUCAGCCCGACGCCGCUAACUUCAACUCGUGGCGUCGUCACCUCAAACUCAGUGACAAGUCGGCCACAGACGAACUGAGCCACGCUUGGGAGGACGUCAAGGCCAUGUUUAAUGGCGGCACGCGCAAGCGGACCUUCUCGCUGCAAGGAGGUGGCGGGGGAGGUGCUAAUGGCGGGUCCGGUGGUCAGGGGAAGGGAGGAGCUGGCGGCGGUGGUGGUGUCGGUCCAGGGUGCGCCGAGAUGGCCCCGGGCCCACCGCCCCACAAAAGCCUGCGCUGUGGUGAAGAUGAGGCGGCCGGGCCUACGGGUCCACCUCCUCCCCACCCACAGCGCGGACUUGGCCUAGCGGCAGGAGCUAGUGGCCCUACAGGCCCUGGAGGGCCUGGUGGCAGUGCCGGCGUACGUAGCUACCCCGUUAUCCCGGUGCCCAGCAAAGGCUUUGGCCUGUUGCAAAAGCUCCCCCCGCCACUUUUCCCUCAUCCUUAUGGUUUUCCCACGGCCUUCGGCCUAUGUCCCAAAAAGGACGACCCGGUAUUGGGUGCUGGUGAGCCCAAGGGCGGCCCUGGCACUGGGAGCGGCGGCGGCGCGGGCACUGGUGCGGGUGCAGGUGGCCCGGGAACGGGCCACUUGCCCCCAGGAGCAGGGGCCGGCCCCGGCGGCGGCACCAUGUUCUGGGGGCAUCAACCCUCUGGGGCAGCCAAGGAUGCAGCGGCGGUAGCUGCAGCGGCGGCCGCCGCCACUGUGUACCCGACGUUCCCCAUGUUCUGGCCAGCUGCAGGCAGUCUCCCGGUGCCGCCCUACCCCGCCGCGCAGAGCCAAGCAAAGGCCGUAGCGGCUGCUGUAGCCGCAGCGGCGGCAGCAGCAGCAGCGGCUGCUGGCGGCGGCGGCCCAGAGCCCCUGGACGGUGCUGAGCCAGCCAAGGAGAGCAGCCUCGGAGCUGAGGAGCGCUGCCCGAGUGCAUUAUCCCGCGGGCCCCUGGACGAGGACGGUGCUGAAGAGGCACUACCACCACCCCUGGCCCCUCUGCCCCCUCCACCACCUCCACCUGCUCGCAAGGGCUCCUACGUGUCGGCCUUCCGACCUGUGGUCAAGGACACCGAGAGUAUUGCCAAGCUCUAUGGUAGCGCCCGCGAGGUGUAUGGUGCGGGGCCUGCUCGUGGGCCAGGGCCAGGCGCGGGGACAGGCGGCGGCUACGUGAGCCCGGAUUUUCUGAGCGAGGGGAGCUCCAGCUACCAUUCCGCCUCGCCCGACGUGGACACCGCGGACGAGCCCGAGGUGGACGUGGAAUCCAACCGCUUCCCGGAUGAUGAGGGGGCCCAGGACGAGAACGAACCCAGCGCACCCGGCGCGGGAGGUGGUCCAGACGGCGACCAGCCCACUGGGCCCCUCUCUGCUACUUCCUCAGGCCCAGAAGGUCCCACAGACUCUCCCGACAGCGGUAGCCCUCGCCCGCGGCGCCGCCUCGGGCCUCCCCCAACCGGCGGGUCUGCAUUUGGUGACUUGGCAGCGGACGACGUGGUACGGAGACCUGAGAGGAGCCCCCCAAGCGGCUACGAGCCUCGAGAGUCUUGCGGGCCCCUAGGAGGUCCCCCGACGGCCAAGGUGUACGCGCCGGAGAGGGAUGAGCACGCGAAGAGCGCCGCGGCUGCGCUGGGGCCCACUGCCUCCUACCUCUGCACCCCCGAGGCCCACGAGCCAGAUAAGGAAGACAAUCACUCGACCGCCGAUGAUUUGGAAACGAGGAAAUCCUAUUCAGACCAAAGGAGUAUCUCCCAGCCAAGUCCCACAAAUACAGACCGAGGAGAAGAUGGGCUUACCUUGGAUGUCACGGGAACUCAGCUGGUGGAAAAAGAUAUCGAAAACCUGGCCAGAGAAGAAUUGCAAAAAUUGCUCCUGGAGCAAAUGGAUCUACGAAAGAAGCUGGAGCGAGAAUUUCAGAGUCUCAAAGAUAAUUUUCAGGAUCAAAUGAAGAGGGAAUUGGCUUAUCGAGAAGAAAUGGUGCAACAGCUGCAAAUUGUCAGAGACACUCUGUGUAACGAGCUGGACCAGGAGCGGAAGGCGCGCUAUGCCAUACAGCAAAAAUUAAAAGAAGCCCACGACGCCCUGCACCACUUCUCCUGCAAGAUGUUGACGCCCCGCCACUGCACUGGCAACUGCUCCUUCAAGCCCCCGCUGUUGCCCUAGGGCCGGCCCGGCCGCGCCCACGCGCCCUCAAGCCAUGCUGCUCCUUCUUGUAAAUACCCGCUGCCACGGCGGCCCAGAGCGAGGAACAAGCCAUUCGGACCGACCGAUGUAAAUACAGCCGCCCUCCGCCAGCCCUCCUUCAGGGCGCCCGGACCUUGUCCGGACCCUCCCCGGCGUCCCAGUCCAGGGCCCCGGCUCAGUUUCCAAGUGUAAAUACCGCCUCGCCCCUCGGUUGAACUCCAGGGCAUCGGACCUCAAGGGGUUAACUGGACCCGCGUGGGAGGAGGGGAGAGGGAGGACGUCUCCGAUCCCCUGUCCUGUGUAAAGCCUCGGACCCCAAUUGUGAAUACAAUGUAGCAACUUCGCUUGCGCCGGACCCGCGCUCCCCGUCCUGUCCACUCUCUUGUUCCUAAUGACUAAGUGGCUAUGUGCAAUGGAUAUAAAUGUACUGUGAGUCUCUUGGUUCAGUAUUAGGUUCACUUUUUAUUUAUGCUAUAAGUUGUUUUUCUUUCUUCUCCUGGACCUAGUUCCAGUCCCCUUUGCAUCCCCCUUUGGAUUUUACUUUAUUUAUUUAUUUUUGUUGUAGUUGUAACUUCUCGAUGUAACAGCACUUUAAAAGGGCAACAACUGACUCACGAGAAGGCGACCACCUUAAGCCUGUUUGGGGAGACCACCCUGUAUCCGAGACUUUUGUUUUUAAUAAAA